AGUGUUUUAUUUUUGAACACUGUAACGAACUAUUUCUGCUAACAUUCUGCUAUUUCAUUCAAUAUGCAAUACAUUUUUACUUUUUACGCAAUAUUUUUUCGUUUUGUUUUCAAUUUUAUCCAUAGUGAAUAUAGCCACGAUUGAAUGUCUUGGCGCCAGCGGAAAUCAUAUUUUCUGAGUGUUGGUAGUAUUGUAGUUCGACGUGGUUCCAGGAAAUGUAAACAUGCACAGAUAAUUUUCUUCUAAUUCUCUAUUUUGGUGCAUAAUAUAGCCUAAUAUUUUUGCUGCACUAAAGCCUAAAUGAUAUUACAAUACAUUUUAUUACAAAUUGUGUGCCUAAAUUAUCAGUAAUUUCUGUUAUUUUAUUAUAUGUCACCACAGUGAAGAUAGGCAGAAGCGUCGUCAAGCGCUGUAGAAUUUCAAGUCUGCUAAUGGCGGACGCUAAUAAUUUUGGAAGUUUGGUGAUUCUAUUGUUCUGUUUUUAAGAAUUUCACAAAUUUUUAUAUUCGGGAAUGAGUUUUGUUCUAAGUGAUCGCGUCCACAGUGUUAUAUAUGUGCCAGUGAUAUGAAAUGUUCGGUGUGAACAUGACAAAAGCGCCCGCUAGAUAUGUAACCUUUUCCAUAACCUCGUUUACGCGAAUGGAGUAGAUAUGUGAUCGAUGUGUGUGCAACGGUGAACGAUUUUUCGUCAAUUCGCGUUACAAUCAGUGCGAAGUUUUUCGGCAUUUUAGUGAUGGAAGUGUCCGCGUCGCGGUUUUGCAAUCCGACGCCCGUUUUCGAUGUAACGUAAGCGAGCCGGUCGAUCGCUAAAGCUAGUGUAAGCAGGGACGGCCGCCACCAGCCGAACAUGGCUGCGACGCAGGCGGAGUCUCAGCGAAGCGAUGCGAACGUAGAUCAGAACCCAUCGGAACAGCUCAGUGAAUCUCGGAACGCUCUGUUACAAAACGGCACCGACAAGUCCGUCGGGCGCGUUCCGCCCGAUGGCGUCGUGAAUACAAAGAGUAAAUCGCCUAUGUCGGCCGAUCCGGGCCCGCCACGCGACGCUGGUGAGGCGCCGGGCCACGAGCGAAGCGGCGAGCGCCCGCUGCCCGACCAGUACGGCUCGUACCGCUACCCGGAGGGCGCAGACCCUUACUAUUCUCAGAGGCCCGGGUUUCCCGGUAAACCGCGGCCGCCGCCGCAGCAGAGGUUCUUUCCCGGACAGGCGGUGUCGCAGGCGCCGGGCCCCACUCCCACGCUGAACUCCCUGCUGCAGGCGAGCGGCGCGCCGCCGCACCGCUACGCCAACAGCUACGAGCAGCCACCCGGUGGCUAUGGGCCCGCGCCCGGCUGGCCGCCGCCUCGGCCAAUGCCUCCCUAUAACCCUCAAGGAAGCCCAUAUAGGAAUUCAACGCCACCGCGCGGCUAUGGCGGUCCGCCGUACGGUCAAGGUGCUCCCGGCGGGCCCCAGCAACCGCCGGGCGCUUACGGACCGCCGGGCUCCUACCCACCACGGUAUCCGCCCCCGCCUGGGCCACCAGGCGCGCCCAAUUCGAGACCGCCCUUCUCGCCACAUCAGGGCUACGAGCGCGGCGGAUCGCCCCAGCCGCCGACGCACCCGCCGGGCGCGCCCAGCCCCGGCUCGGCGCAGAGCGCGCCCGGCGGCAUCUCGCCCACACAGGACUCGCAGCACCCGCCGCACUUGCCGCCCGGCGCGCAACCUCCGCACCAGGGUUACCCUCCACCUCCUAGGCCAGCACAGCCGUCCACACCAAAUGCUCACGAUCAAGAUUCGGAUCUGACCGGUCAAAACAGCAAUGACUCGGGCGGCAGCGGCGGCGCGGGGCGCGCUACCACGCCGCACUUGAGGCCCACGCCGAGCCCCACCGGCUCGAGCGGUUCGCGAUCCAUGUCACCGGCUGUCGGUACCCAGAACGUACCGAUGCCACCGCGGCCGUCGUCGUCCCUGUCCGACGGCAGCGGGCCCACCGUGCCGGGGCGGCCGGGCGCCGGCGCGACGGGCGGCGCCGGGCCUCCGCCCUCAGGCGCGCCCCCGCCCGGCGCCAUGCUGCCGCAGCCCUACCCGCACCACGGGCCCUACAAGCCGGCGCCCUACCCGCCGCAGCCCUACGCCUACCCGCCACGAAACCACCAUCCCUACCCCUACGGCGGCUACCGGCCGACGCCGCCGCCGCAUCCCUCGCAACACUACCCGCCUCUCAAGCAAGCGGGGCGCCACAUGGGCCCGCCCGGCGAGGCCAUGCCGCCGCCCACGGCGCCGGGCGAGGCGCACGACAACGGGCCCGCGGCGCCCGCCACCGCGCUCGUCACCACCGGGCCCGACGGCGCGCCGCUGGACGAGGGCAGCCAGCAGAGCACGCUCAGUAAUGCAUCAGCAGCAUCGGGCGAGGAGACGUGCGGCACGCCGAAGAGCUCGCGCAAGGAGUUCGGCGCGGGCGGCGCUGGCAGCGCGGCGCCGUCGCCGUCGCCGGGCGGCGCCAGUCACUCGUCCGCGCACGACGACUACGACGCUGCGCCCUCGCCCUGGCCGCGCCCGCCCUCCAGCCCCGUGUUUAACAGUCACAUACCGCCGGAGUCCUACAGAUCAAAGAAGUCGGACUCGCUGGGCAAGCUGUACGAGAUGGACGACGCGCCCGAGCGGCGCGGCUGGGUGGAGCGGUUACUGGCCUUCAUGGAGGACCGCCGCACGCCCAUCGCCGCCUGCCCGACCAUCUCCAAGCAACCUCUCGAUCUCUACAGGCUUUACUUAUUGGUGCGCGACCGCGGAGGAUUCGUUGAGGUGACGAAAAACAAGACGUGGAAGGACAUAGCGGGUUUGCUGGGCAUCGGCGCAUCGUCGUCAGCAGCGUACACGUUACGGAAGCACUACACAAAGAACCUGCUCGCGUACGAGUGCCACUUCGACCGGGGCGGCAUCGACCCGCAGCCGAUCAUCAACCAGGUGGAAGCUUCCACGAAAAAGAAGAGUGGGAAAUCUAAUAGUACGUCUAAUGCAGGGUCAUCAAAUUCGGCGGAGCAGUUCGGCGCGGGUGGCGCGGCGCAGGCCGGCGCGCCCAUGGACGGCUACCCCGCGCACUACGCGCCCUACCCGCCGCAGCCCAACCAGCCGCAAGGCGGCGGGCCGGGCGGCGACAACCUCGCCGCCUCCAACCCGUUCGACGAGCCGCCGGGGCCCAGGCGACCCCCAGGUUACCAGCAAGGUUACGGGUAUGAAUACGGUCCCUCCUACCCCGCGAAUAGGCCGGUCUAUCCGCCCUACGGUCCUGAAGGAGAUCGGGGUUACGCGUCGGGCGGCGAGUACCGGUACGGGGGUUAUGGGGGCUACCGCGCGGGCGCACCCCCCGCGCCCCCCGGCGGCGCGCAGUCCCCCGCCGCCGCGCCCGCGCCGCCCGCCUCGCCCGCGCAGCCCUACCCCGACUACUACCGCGCGCCGCAUCCGCACCACCCGCACCCACACCCGCCGCACGCGCCGCCGCACCCGCCCCACCCGCCGCACUCUCCGCACCCGCCGCAUCCGCCGCAGCAGCCACACGAGAUGGGUGCCGCGGCCGGCGCGGGCAUUAUGGGGUCGCAGCUCGCGCGGCAGCUGGUCGCGCCGCUGCCGUCGCCCGUCCGCCCCUACGGAGGCGCGGGAGCCGGCGCAGCCAACGCGGCGGCGGCGGGCGUCCCCCGGCGGCACCCCGACUUCGCGAAGGCGGAGGGCGGGUUCCCCCCCAACGCGGGCGCGGCGGGCGGCGCGGCCACGCGCUUCGCGGGCGGCGCGUGGGGCGGCGCCUUCCCGCGCGCCGCGCCCGCGCCCGCCUGGCGCCCGCCCGCGCCCCUGCCGCACGCGCCGCUGCACCACGCGCCGCCCUGGCCGCAGCCGCACCCGCACCAGCCCUACCACCCGCCGGGUACGACGGUGGGCGUGGGUCAGAUCAAAAGAGAGUUAACGUUUCCUCCGGACUGCGUAGAAGCUACCGUUCCCGCCACUGAAAAGCGAAGACGACUGACGAAAGCAGACGUCGCGCCCGUCGAUGCGUGGCGGAUAAUGAUGGCGCUCAAGUCCGGCCUCCUGGCCGAGACCUGCUGGGCGCUCGACAUCCUGAACAUACUCCUGUUCGACGACAACUGCAUAGGAUACUUCGGCCUGCAACACAUGCCAGGCCUGCUCGACCUCCUGCUGGAGCACUUCCAGAAGAGCCUCAGCGACGUGUUCGACGCGCCCGCCACCGAGAGCGAGCCCUGGUACGCGCCGCCCUCCAACCCCGAGCCCGUCGCGAAAGCGAAACGAAGAGUGGAGCCGCCUGACCCCGCCGACCGCGUGCCCCUGCUGUCCGGCGAGAACUUCACGCUGGAGUCGCGGCGGCGCCUGCCCGUCACGCUGGCGUCGCGCCCCGACGACGAGCUGUUCGCGCCCAGCGACGACGAGCCCGACCGCGACGUGGACGACGUGACAGAACCGUGGCAGCUCAGCGGCGACUCGGCCGCGCACGUCAUCCCGCCGCCGCGCGGCGAGCUCGUGCACCUACCUUUCGCGCGCGUGCUGCCGGGCACCGCGCGUGAGCCGCCCGCCGCGCCCGCGCCAGCCACGCCCGCUACACCCGCCACACCCGCCGCGCCCGCCACGCCUGGCGACAACCUGGAGCACGAGCCCAUGGAGCUGGAGCCCGAGCGCCGGCCCGCGCUGCAGGUGCGCGACCCCGCCGGCGUGCUCAAGCGGCGUCGCCUCGAGGACUACGAGGACGAGUGCUACACGCGCGACGAGCCCAGCCUCAACCUGGUCGGCGAGACGCGCGACGCGCUCGCCAAGCGCUGCGUGGCGCUGUCCAACAUCCUGCGCGGCCUCACGUUCGUGCCCGGCAACGAGGCGGAGUUCGCGCGCUCGGGCGCCUUCCUGGCGCUGGCCGGCAAGCUGCUGCUGCUGCACCACGAGCACGCACCGCGCGCUGCCCGCGCGCGCGCUUACGAGCGCGCGGCGCGCGACGAGGGCGACGCAGAUGCGUGCUGUUCCAGCCUGCGCGGCGCGGCCGAGUGGUGGUGGGACGCGCUGGCCGCGCUGCGCGAGGACGCAUUGGUGAGCUGCGCCAACAUCGCGGGCGCCGUGGAGCUGGGCUCGCAGCCCGAGGCCGUGGCGCGGCCGCUGCUGGACGGGCUGCUGCACUGGAGCGUGUGCCCGGCGGCCGUGGCGGGUGACGCGCCACCGGGUGCGGGCGCCGCGUCGCCGCUGUCGCCGCGCCGCCUGGCGCUGGAGGCGUUGUGCAAGCUGUGCGUGACGGACGCCAACGUUGACCUGGUGCUGGCCACGCCGCCGCGCGGGCGGCUGGCGGCGCUUUGCGCGGGGCUGGCGCGCGACCUGUGCCGGCCGGAGCGGCCCGUGGUGCGCGAGUUCGCCGUGAACCUGUUGCACUACCUGGCGGGCGCGGGCGGCGCGGCGGCGCGCGCUGUGGCGCUGCACGCGCCGGCCGUGGCGCAACUGGUGGCGUUCAUCGAGCGCGCGGAGCAGACGGCGCUGGGCGUGGCCAACCAGCACGGUGUGGCGGCGCUGCGCGACAACCCCGACGCGAUGGGCACGUCGCUGGACAUGCUGCGGCGCGCGGCCGCCACGCUGCUGCGGCUGGCGGAGCGCGCCGAGAACCGGCCGCUGUUGCGGCGCCACGAGCGGCGCCUGCUGUCGCUGGUGAUGUCGCAGAUCCUGGACCAGAAGGUGGCGCACGAGCUGGCGGACGUGCUGUGGCACUGCAGCCAGGCGCCGAGCGAGGCGCAGUGACGCGGGCGGCGGGCCUCGGACUGAGCGCGUGUACAUAGUGAGCGGCCCGCGCCCCACUUCCUUAUUUAUGUCCGCGACGAUUCGUUACGAGAACGUCGAUGUGCUAUAAUCGAUUUCUAUUGUUCGAUUGGUGAAACAGAUGUAUUAUAACUCGUAAUUUUGAUUUUUAUAAUAAAAUGGGACUUGAAUCUGUUUAUUGGUUUUAUGAUGGAGAUUUUAUACCUAGUGACGAGUGAGGAGCUUAUGUGGGCUAUAAGUUUUAGUUAAGUUUAAUGUGAAUUAUUACAAUAAUCUAUAAUAUAUUGAAAUUGAAUCUGAUUUCAUUAUUUUUUUUCUAAUUGGCAUUUUUAAAUUCCAUACCUGACUCCGAUUCACCGAAUUGAGAUUUUUUGUUUUGAAAUAUUUUACAUUUAGACACAAUCUGUAAAUAGAAAAAAUACCAAAUAUGGGUAUCCAUAUUUUUGUCAAUAUUAGAAAUUAACAAUUAUACUUAGCCAAAUAAAAUUACAAUUUUGUAAUUUG